AGAUGACAAACCCUAAUUAACCGAAGAAGAAGAAGAUCCAGGAAGCGGUUGUCAACAUUGAGGUCCGGUUUGCAUCCUCUUGGAGAAAAUAACUGAUAGUUUUGAUUUGACACUCUUAAAACCGUGUUAUGCCCGGACUAGAUUAUAUUAUACCGUCGUAAAUGCCGCUGACAACCUGUCCGUAGGCAGCAGGAGAGGAUUAGUUUAGUAGCAGUAGAAGAAGUCCAACAUGGCGGCGGUAGACGUGGAGGAUGAGAGCAUUUUGGCGUCGAUCUUUAAGGACCGGUUCCCAGACAGCUGGAGGGAGAACCCGGACUUCACGGCCUACCUGUCCGAGCUGAGCUCCUUCGGUGUGGAGAAGCUGAGCCGGGAGCCGGAGCGGCUGUCGGAGGAGCGGGCUCAGAUCCUGCAGCAGACCCGGGAACUGGCCUUCUCCAACUACCAGACCUUCAUCCGGACCGCGGACUGCACCGAGCACAUCUACCGGGACUUCGGCCGGGUAGAGAGCAGCGUCUCCCGGCUGCUGGACAAGCUACCGAGCUUCGGGGAAAGAUGCAAGUCAGUCAAGAUGUGUUAUAUUUAUAUCUGAUUCUACAUUUAUUCAGAAUUACAGUCAGAGAUUUGAGGGUUAAUCCUGAAAUUUAACUCCUUUAGACACAAUUUUACUGCAGGUUGUAAACAUGUCAGUAAUCUCUUCUAAAGGAAUGACUAAUAAACAGUUUAUAGCACUUUUAAAAACAGAAGUUUACAAAGUUCUUUGACGAACAGUCGUAAAAGAAAAGAAGCGUAUGUCUCUGCUGCACGCCUUAUCUCUCUAUAGCACUUUACACACAACAGAAUUGAUCCAAAGUGCUUCACAACAACACAGAGGAAAAACAAAACAAUAGAAAAAAAAAGACGAAGAAGAGCAGACUAAGUCACAGUAAUAAUAACGAUAGCAAUAAAAAAUAUUGUUUUCAGUACCAUCACUAUCAUUAUUCAUUAUAGAGAUAAUAAAUAACAAUAAUAACAAUAGCAGCGGCAAUAAUACAAACAAUGAUAGUGACACCACAGAUCUACAUGGGAAAUGGCUGAGCUAAGAGAGUUAGGGACAGUAAAAAGCUAGGGAGUAAAAGUGGUUUUUAAGAUGAGUCUUUAAAAUCUCAGUGGUGGGAGGAAGAGAAUUCCACAGUUCUGGGGCCGCGAUAGAGAAAGCCCUGUCCCCAUAACAUUUGUGAUAUGGAGGCAAGACCAUUCAACACUUUGUAAACAAACAUUAGGAUUUUAAACUCGAUCCUGUAGCUAACAGGCAGCCAGUGAAGGGAGGCAAGAAUGGGAGUAAUGUUCUCCCUCUUCUUAGUUCUGGUUAAAACUCUGGCCGCUGCAUUUUGCACUAGCUGGAGACGAGAUAAACAAGACUGAGUGAUACCAAAACAUAAUGCGUUACAACCUCUGGCAGGUCGUUCCAAAGUCGAGGAGCUCUGAUGGACAAAGAUCUACCUUUAGUUUUGAGCCUCGACUUUGGAACGACCAGGAGAGGCCUUCGCCCGAGGAUCUGAGGCUGCGAGUCGGCUCAUAAGGUAUUGAAAGCUCUGAAAUGUAGCUCGGAGGAAAUUAAAGUUGUAGUUUAACGUAACAGGAUAUGGAUAUUAAAUUUGUUAUUUAAAGUUUUUCAUAUUCACAAAUGUAAAACCCACUAUUUGAAAUAAAUAUGUUCCAUUCACUGUGAUUAUCAAUGUAAAAAUAAUUGAAAAAAGCUCUUUUAAUCGCCGUAUGGCUGACACUCACCCGCCUGCAGUAGUUUAGAAAAGAUCAUUCAGAAAUCAUAAAGCUCUUUGCUUAUUAUUUUUGUUUUUAAAGGUUGUCAAGAGGCAUGAAACCUACUUUUUUGUAUUUUAUUCCCCAAAACUGAGGAGACAGUGUUAGAAAAACGGCGAAUUAUUUUUUUAUUUGUGUUCAGAGGGUUCAUGAAGGAGGCGGAGGAGAUCGGGGCGAGCCGGCGAAUGAACAGCCUCACAUUAAACCGCCACACAGAGAUCUUAGAGAUCCUGGAGAUCCCUCAGCUCAUGGACACCUGUGUCCGUAAUGGAUACUAUGAAGAGGCUUUAGAGCUGGCAGCUUAUGUGAAGAGGCUGGAGAAGAAGCACUCGUCACUGCCCGUCAUCCAGGUGAGUCCAAAUGAUACCUUCAAAUGUCUGGAUUAGUCUGACAUCAGUCCACCGUCCAAAAAAAGUUUGUUUUGCUGUGAAGUUGACAUCCCUUCAAUCACGACUGAUCGUUUCGUACGUCUGGUGUUUUCAGGGAAUUGUUCGUGAAGUGCGUCAGUCGACUCAGCUGAUGCUCAACCAGCUCCUGCAGCAGCUGCGCAGCAACUCUCAGCUCCCCGUCUGCCUGCGCGUCAUCGGUUACCUGCGCAGGAUGGACGUGUUCACGGAGGCGGAGCUUCGGGUGAAGUUCCUGCAGGCUCGUGGCACCUGGCUGAACUCCAUCCUCACUGCCAUCCCUGAAGACGACCCCUACUUCCACAUCACCAAAACCAUCGAGGCCUGCAGAGUCCACCUGUUUGACAUCAUCACCCAGUACAGAGCCAUCUUCUCCGACGAAGACCCGCUGCUGCCCCCUGCAGGUGGACAGGUGGCGGUGAACGAGGCGGCCAUCUUCCAUGGCUGGGUGGUGCAGAAGGUGGCUGAGUUCUUGGAGACGCUGGACAGGGAUCUUCAGCGGGGAGUGGGAGGCCGCCUGGACUCCCUACUGGGUCAGUGCAUGUACUUCGGCCUCUCCUUCAGCAGGGUGGGGGCAGAUUUCCGUGGGCAGCUGGCGCCGAUGUUCCAGCGGGUGGCGGCGCAGACAUUCCAGGGCGCUGUGCAGGAGGCGGUGGAGAAGUUCCAGGAGGACAUGAACCUGUACACGCUCAUCUCUCUGCCCUCUGUGCUCGGAGGGACCAUCCCACCUGUGGCCCCCAGCACCCAGCCCGGCACUCUGCAGCCCCCAAUGUCCCUGCUGGACUUCCAGCCACUGGCCUGUUUCCUCAACAACGUUCUGACGGCCUUCAACGACCUGCGGCUCUGCUGCCCCAUCGGACUGGCUCAGGAGGUCACUAAAUGUCUCGAAGACGCCGUCAAACUGGUGAGAAGCUUUUGUCCUUCUGUAUAUUUCAGGUUCUCAGAACUGCAGGUCUGUUUUUUCAGAGAGGUUUGAUUUAACGCCGAGCUCAGGGAGAUCACGGCUGGAUUAUCAGUCUUUUUUGUUGUCUUAGUUCCUGUUUAUGAGGUUUUAUUGAAACUAUAAUUCUUUGUUAAACUCCUAAAGGUAUAAAACUUCUAACCAGACACACAGCAGUGCAGAAAUAUCAGAUUACAGUGGUGUCUGAGGACAGUCUGUCACUAUGUGAAUGUUGUGAGUGGACGAUGGUCUACAGAAAGGUCUGUAAGGUCUAUAUCUGUCUGUUUCGGUCCUGUUUCUCGUCAGGUGACCCGUCAGAUCUUAGUGUUUCAUCGGGCAGAGGAGUCGGCCUUCAGCAGCAGAGAGAAGGAGCUGUUUGUUCAGUUCUGCUCUGCAUACGCUGAAGAUCUUCUGCCGUUCCUAAACCGCUGUCUGCAGGUCCUGUUCCCCCCGGCUCAGCUGGCUCUCAUCCUGGGUGAGGACGACUUCUGUUUGUUCAGUUCACUCAAAAAGUUCUCUUACAUGUCUUACACACUUGUAUGAAUAGAAACCAGUAGGAGUAACGCAGUGCAGAUUGUAGAUUCUGAGUUUGUGUUUGUAUGUAAAACAUACAGGAUGUGUGUUUAGAGCGUGACAGCAGUGUCGCGUAUCGCAGCAAAUAGGUUUCCAUUCUAAUCAAUACAGCAAAGCGUUUUUGGCUUAACUCCUAAAUAUUGUGGUUGCAGUAAUUAUUUUAGCCUCUAGAGGGCACUCUGUGGGCGUGGUCCACAUCUAAACCAGUUCUUCGUGUCUUUGCAGGACUUCCUGUGACUCAGCUGCACAAACACGGCAGCCUGGGCAGCAUCGACCUCUCGGCGGUUCUGGAGCCUCUGGACUUUGUGCUUCCUGAGAGAGAGACGUUACCAGUAACGGCACCAGAACCAGAGUUUGACAUCAACACUGAACUGGGCAGCCUGACCUUUGACCCACAGCUCACAGACACAAUAACAGAUCCUGAUGUAAAAGUGGAGACAGAACCUCCUGACCCUGCAGAGGCUGGGUCUGGUCUCAGGGACUCUGAUUCUGAACUGACAGAGGCCAAGUCCGAAGAGAAAGAGGAGGAGACGAUCGUGGAGGAGGAGGAGGAGGAGGAGGAGGAGUUUUCUCUGGAGUGAUGAGCCGAUAAUAAACUUCAGCGGUGUGAGGAGGACUGAUUCAUGUGUGUGGGGAUUGUUCACUCUCUGGACUCUAAAUCAUAUUUUCAAAGAUGUUUUAAAAAAGUUACCCCUCCUUAUUUCUGACUAAAUCUCUUUUUUAUUCCGGUGAAUGUGAGUCUGAUGGGAUCUGCAGAUUUAAUUAAACAAACCAAACCUCAGCAGCCUUUCAGCUGAAAUGUGUAGAGUUAUUGUUUUUAUAUCUGCAAAGGACUGGAGCCGAUAAAAGAGGCAAAAAUUCAGGUCAGAAACUUUAACAGAUUUUUCUUGUAAAUUUUUUAAAGUCCAAAUUCUUUUUUUUUCCAGUUUCUGUGAUCAGAGUCAGAGUUCUACAAUUUUAACUUAAAUCACAGAAGUCUAAAGUAAACAGAAGACAAACAGAAGUCCAUUAUGUUUUUUAAUUGUAUUUUCUAAAUCUUUAUCAUAAAUUCUGACGCGGGGGAGGGUGGGAACAGCUUUGUUUACAAGAGCGGAGCGCUCUGAAAAUUUAAAAUGUUGACUACACAGAAAUAUCGUAAUAUUACCAAAGGUCAUCAAUAACUAAUAACUAUUGACUGAUAUUAAAAGAUUUUUGUUGAUACACCACAAAAAA